AUCGCUCAGCGGAAACGGUUAUAAUUACUGGUAUUCGGCCAGCACAUUCGUUAUUCAUAUUCAGUGCCGAAAUUUCGUCGUCUCGCGCCCCCAAAACAGCAACAACAAUUUUAGCAACCAUCUGCCACCUCAGGAGCAAUGAGGCCCUAAGAUGCACUUCACAGACUGGAAGCAAUCCUUCAGGGCUCACGCACCGAUCCUUGUCCUUGUCCUGUGGAUCGCCGGGGUCCAAGGACAGACCGAUGAUCCGCGGGCGGCAGUGAGUGAGAGCCAGGAGCUGGCCGAGAAGGUGGAGGUGUCUGUGGUCUCCACGGUCUAUACACUCGCGUUCAGCAUCUCCGACGAGUCGGAGUACUCCAUCGAUAAGGUGACCUGUCGCAAUGGCACCGGAUCGGAAACCGAAGCCAACGCAGCUCACGUGUGCGAAAACCUCAAUCCUUGCACCUUCUACACGUCGGUGGUUUCGUUCCGGUCAAAAGUCGUCGGCAAACCAUCGCCUUCCGACCAAACCAAAUAUGCCUACACUGAAUAUAAACAGCCCAAGACGAAGGUGACCUCCGUGGUGGCCACAGCGAACACAAUCAAGGUGACCUGGCAGACGACCGACCGCGCCUGCGUGGAGUCCUUUGCGAUUGCGGCCAAGGCGCCGGACUACACCAAGUCCGUUCAGCUGCUGAACGACAAAAGUUCUCAGACUUUUGUCAACUUGAGUGCCUGUCUGACGCACACGAUCACCCUGGACACGAAGAACAACGCUAGUGUUGUGGUGGACACGGAUACCACCGAUGUGGACACCCAGUACGCGGAGCCCGGCGAUCUUGCCAUGAACAUAACGAACCUGGCCAGUGGCAUCACGGUGGUCACGUGGGGAGAUCCCUCCGAGAAGAACUGCAUCAGCAACUAUGUCUUCAAGUGGCAACGCAACGAUUGCGGAACGGGUCAGAACCAGGAUACCACCACGGAUGAGCCCAGUACGGAAACCACGAACGAUGUUGACUACGUGACCACCACGCCAAUGGAGACCACACCAGAUCUGCCGAGUGAUACAGUUCAGUGCGAGUGGACCGAUGCCUCCUCCGAUGGUAAGCUGCGGGAGUACCUGCUAACCGAUCUGCAGGGAUGCGAGCUGUACACCUUUCAGGUGUUCAUCAACGAGAACAGCACGGCCAAGGCCUCGCAGCAGUUUACUUCGGCAGAAAAGAUGGUCAGUGCGGUCUAUGAGCCCAGACCCACCGCCGAUCCCACCCAGCUGCAUUGGACUUGGUCGUCUCCCCAAAAUCAUCCCAAAUGCGUGGCGAAUUACAAUGUAACGCUGACGGGGCCCUUUCAACGGUCGGAAAACAAAACCUAUAACGUGGUCACCAAGGAGACGUUCGCUACCUUCGCCGAUCUCGAUCCGUGUGGCAUAUACUUGGUGGAGAUCGUGCCCAAUCAGCUGAAUGGAACCACUGGAACCAAGUACCAGGAGCAGAGCACCGUUGCCGAGGAUCAGCCUUCCGAGAUUCAGGAUCCCGUAGUGGAACCGAGCGCCUACUCGAUGGAGGUGAGCUGGAAGACGCCCACGUACGCCGAUCUCUGCAUCGAUGGCUACCGACUGUCCGGCUGGAUGGAGGAUGAUAAGCUGGUCGAGGUGGAGGCACUUAGUGUAACCACGCAGAACACGACGGUGGUCUUCGACAAGAAUCUGCUGGCCUGCCAGCUCUACAUCCUCCAGAUAAUCCCAUAUACCAAGGAAAACCUCGAUGGCCAGCUCAGACAGGUCAGCGUGGAGACCAAAGCGGCUAUAGUCGAUAUCUCAAAGGUCAAGCUGGAAAUGAAGCAAGCUGGCUCCCAAUUCAUUGAGUUAACCGCCUUCAAUGCGGACUACAACAACACCUGUCCGACGCUCUUUGCGCUCUUCAGCUGCAAUGCCACCACCCAUGUCCGCUAUCCGUAUGCGGAGCAGUACGUGGAGGGACACAGCAAACAAGGUUUCAAUGCCAGUCUCAGUCCACUUUCGCCGUAUACGGUCCACGUCUGCAGAGUAAUACUCUACAAUGUGGCAGGACCUUCCGAUCCAAUGAUCCAGACCAAUCUGCAAACCACAGCCUACUUUCCCGAGGUGCCGGAGAACGUGACGCUGGAGAAGAGCACUGUGAGCAGCCUACUGUUCAACUGGGAUCCGCCCACGUACACAAAUGGACCCAUGAAGUACUACCAGGUUUUCCUGAUGCGCCACGAGGCCAGCUACUUUGUGCCCGAGGAGUGCGCCGAGGUGCCUCAGGACACCAAGUCGGAGACCAAGGGCGAUCCCAAUGUGAACUUCACGGGUCUGGCCCCGGCGGUUCGUUAUAUGAUGCAGGUGGCGGCACAGAAUGACUUCGGCAUGGGCAUCUAUACCGAACCCGUAAUUGGCACCACUUUGCCCGGAGUAUCCGACAGCGUGACCCAGUUGACCGUUCUGUCCCAAGGUCCGAAGAACAACAACACCGAAUACGAGGCGAACGUGACCAUCACGUGGAAUGUGCCUUGCAAGUCCCAUGGCGAUAUAGAGUACUUCCAGCUGAACUUCACAGGCUCACGGACGAACUACGCUCCAGUCACACUGCAACGGAGGGUCCAACUGGACACGGGGAAUAAACAGGGACGGAUGUCCUACACGGAGACGGAAAUGCAGCCGCAGUUUGACUAUACGGUGGAGGUGUCCGUGAAGAAUCGCGAUUUGGAGCAGUUGAGCAGCAGCGUGGCUGGCAAUUGGCAGUCGCCGCCGGGACUGCCCACCAUUCCGAGUGAAGAGCUGAUCAAGCAAAUGCGCGCCAACGUCGACGAGACGUCCAGUCCAACGAAAACGGCCCUUGUCCGGCUUCCUGCCGACAUCAUGACAUCCGAGUUCGGUGACAUCAAGUGGGUGGCACUGAUGGUCUCGCAGAAGAACUGCGCUGGUGUCCCGCACCUCAAAUACGAUGUGAGCAGAUGGCCAAAGGUUCUAUCCUACCAAGCUGCCGGAGCCGAUGGCACCGGCGACUGCAGCCUGGAGUACCAAACCACCGAGGAGCGCUGGCAUCCGGAACCCGUCCAACGUCUGGGAAGGAAUGGAGAGCUAACCACCGAUGAGGAAAUCGUUUUUACCAUCGGAGUGGACAAGUGUUCCGAGAUCACGAAGACGUACUGCAAUGGACCAUUGCUACCUGACACGGAUUACAACGUUGUGGUGAGACUGUUCACCGCGUCUGGUUAUAGCGAUGCCGCCGUGCUCAACUUCAAAACCAAGGCGGCCAUCAAGGUGACCCUGAUCCUGGUGAGCGUUUGCAGCUGUCUGCUGCUGGCCUUCGUGCUGGGAUUGACGGUUCUCUGGGUGCGAAAGCGAUUGGACUGGAAACGGGACUCUGGCCAGGGUAUCGAGGACCCCUUCGGCAAUGUCAUUGCCAAGAACUUUGCCAUCUUUUAUGCAGAGGUCGCCAAGCCGGAGAAGUUGACCAGGGAGUUUAAGGAGAUCACCGUCGUGGCCUUGGAGCUCAGCUACUCCGCCUCCGAAUUGGGUUGCCACAAGAAUCGCUAUGCGGACAUAUACCCCUACGACAAGAAUCGCGUGAUUCUGGACAUCGAUGCGGAGGGCUCGGACUACAUCAAUGCCUCCUUCAUAGAUGGUCACACCCGGAAGAAGGAGUACAUAGCCACCCAGGGACCAAAACCGGAGAGUGUGAUGGACUUUUGGCGCAUGGUCCUCCAGUACAACGUGCGGGUCAUUGUGCAAGUGACCCAGUUUCGCGAGGGCAAUACGAUAAAGUGCCACGAGUACUAUCCUUAUAACGCGCGUGGAUUGACCGUGACUAUCAAGUCCAAGGAGGUGAUGGAGCUGUACGAUCGCACUGAGUUGACCGUGGUGCACGAUAAGUACGGGCUGAAGGAGAAGGUCGUCCACUACUAUUUCAAAAAGUGGCCCGAUCACGGCGUGCCCGAGGAUCCCAUGCACUUGAUUGCGUUCGUGAAGAGGGUGAAGGCGGAACGGCGACCCAGUUACUCGCCCAUCGUGGUCCAUUGCAGUGCGGGAGUGGGCAGAACGGGCACCUUUAUCGGUCUGGAUCUGAUCAUGCAGCGAUUGAAGAGCGAGUCGAAAAUCAAUAUAUUCGAAACGGUCAAAAAACUGCGUUUUCAGCGCAUGAAAAUGGUGCAAACGCAGCAGCAGUACACGUUCCUCUAUGCCUGCACCUAUGAGCUGGUCAAGCAUAAGAUUCCCCGAGCUGCCUUGAAACUGGAGGGGCGUUCCAAGUCCGAGACCAUGCCCGCCAUUCCCGCACCCAAAAAGGUGAGCUUUCCGGACGUGGAUGUCGGCGACGGGCAGGUGUCAUCGGCACCGUUGUCCGAAGUGGAGAACGGUGUGCCCAUCCUGCAGCUGCCCGCUCGGUACUCCGGUCUGCGGAGGAGCAGUCCACCUGACGAAAACAAUGGUCCAACUACCAGCAGCAAUAUGUGA